AUGGAAGAUGGUUGUGAAGAGUGGACUGCGUCAUUGUGCAAAUUUCUGCGGGAGCUACUACACAAGCUGGUGGAACAUAGCCAUCCGACAGGCCCACCACCACCUCCACCAGGAGGGGGCGGUACCACACCAGGUGGUCCUGGUGGUGGAGGCGGGGCAAGUCCUGGUCCUCCUGCAGCUACACCUGCUGCUCCCAGCAUUCCGCCUGACACCACCAUUGCCAAGCAGUGGCAUUACUGCACCAACCUGGCCUCGCACCUCUAUGAGGAAGGGCUUCUGGAUCAUCAGGACUUUCUCAACUGGGUUCUGGAGCUGGUUGAGAAGACCAAGAGUCCAGAUGACCCCAUCUUGAAGCUUGUCAUGCCACUCACAUUGCAGUAUGUGGGUGAGUUUUCUCGUUCUGAGCUGCUGUCACGGCGGCUGGCUUAUCACUGUUCCAAGAAGCUAAGUCAGCUGGUUGCUGACUACACCGUCAGCUCUCCGAGGAGCCAGAGUCCAGUCACACUAACUGCCACUUCAACAACAAAUGGCGGGAACACUGUGUCUCCAGUGCCAAAUCCUCCCUCCAUCAGUCCUCUGGCGGCAAGUUUCGCAGAAUGCCUCAGCUGUUCUCAUCAUCGUUCCAUUGUUCUUCAAUUAUCAGUUGUUCUACAGUACAUCACACUGAAGUGCCCCACUGCUCUUGUGUGGAACAGCAUCGGUGAAGGCAAAGCGAAUCCCAUUCUGAACGGCAGUCCCUUAGACCUGCUUCCAUGCCCACCAUCGUGUCUGCCCAUGCCACCAAGGUCUUUCAAUGCUCAGGUACCUACAGUCUGGUACAGUCUUGUGAUCUGA